GUUGGUUCUGGUGGCAAGCUCUCAUAAACCCAUUUCUCCGUAACUGCGCGGAUGGAAAUUCAGACACGUCCACCUUCCUCUCUCUCUUCGGCCAAAUCUGAUUCUCUCUCCAUUUCGCGAAUGCUCUGAUUCAAUUUGAUCUCAAGCAACAAUGCGAGCUCUAUUGCGAUGUCGCGCCUCUGAAUUCGAACAUGGAUCGCCAUUUCUCGAUGGAUUUAGAACCAUCGUCACCACUUGCAGAGCCGUGGUUUUGCCUCACUUUGGUGGUCCGGAGGUGCUCCAGCUCCGCUCUGACGUUGACGUCCCCAACCUCAAGCCUGAUGAAGUUCUCGUCCGCGCGCGUGCUGUUUCCAUCAACCCGCUUGAUACCCGAAUGCGAUCGGGUUAUGGUAGCUCAAUCUUUGAACCACUUUUACCGGUCAUUUUGGGCCGUGAUAUCAGUGGUGAAGUUGCGGCUGUUGGUUCUUCGGUUCGUUCAGUAAGUGUUGGAGAAGAAGUUUUUGGUGCUUUGCAUCCAACUGCUGUGAGGGGUACUUACGCUGAUUACGCAAUACUUUCAGCAGAUGAAUUAAGUGCUAAGCCAGGAUCAUUUACACAUGUGGAAGCCAGUGCCAUUCCUUUUGCUGCACUGACUGCAUGGCGGGCUCUAAAAAGUACUGCUAGAAUCAAAGAGGGGCAACGGGUAUUAGUAAUUGGCGGUGGAGGAGCUGUAGGUUAUGCUGCUGUUCAGAUAUCAGUUGCUUCAGGCUGCCAUGUUGCAACUACUUGUGGAAGUCAAAGUAUAGAUAAAUUACUGGCAGCAGGUGCUGAGCAAGCAGUUGACUAUACUACUGAGGGCAUUGAAUUCACACUGAAGGGGAAAUUUGAUGCCGUUUUGGAUACAAUUGGUGUGCCAGAUACGGAAAGAAUUGGCAUCCAUCUUUUGAAUAGAGGUGGACACUAUAUGACACUUCAGGGCGAGGCUGCAUCAUUGACCGAUAGAUAUGGGCUAGUUCUCGGGCUUCCUAUUGCUACAAGCAUACUGUUGCAGAAACAGUUACAGUACAGAUGCUCCCAUGGAAUUGAGUACUGGUGGACGUACAUGAGAGCGGAUUCUGAAGGUUUAGACGAGAUCAGGAGGCUAUGUGAAGCUGGAAAGCUAAAGAUACCGGUUGAGAAAACAUUUCCGAUCACACAAGUAAGGGAGGCUCAUGAGGCAAAGGAUAAGAACACCAUUCCAGGUAAAGUGGUGCUAGAACUUGAUUGAUGAAAACUCCUUCCAAACACUUCAUGUAUACUUGAUUUGUUGGCUCAACUGCAUUAAAUCCUGUAAAUAAUUUCCUCAGCUUUUAGCAUCGAAAUUGCUUUGGAACUUUACAGGAUGUGAAAAUUUUAACCGCGCUGGAGAUUUAGUUUGCAGCCUGUAAAAGUUUGAGAACGUAUUUGACAUAGACCUUUUUUUCUAGAUUUCUCAAUCAUGAAUAAGAAAUUUCAUUGUUACCUCUCC